AUGAACUCAAACACUAGCAUAAUUAAUUUUAUAAUCCCGAUCGACAAAGCUAAUACUUAUACUUCUUCGGUCGUCUCUAAUAUAAACAAUAAUUUGGACCAAGAUAGACUAAGACAUAGUAGAUUACUAGCUUACAGUAGACAAUUACAGGAAGAAGAAAAUGAUGAUGAUGAAUAUUGUACGCUCGUCAAUAUUUAUCGUGAGCACAAGAGACACUUAGAACAAGAUAAAAAAGCUCGCACACAAUUGGAUAUCCAAGCUCUAGAUAAUGAUCUUUACGAGCCUGUUCAUGAUAAUUUUCUGCAUAAUUCAACUUCACCGAGAUCAUCAAGAUCAUCGAGUGAUGUAGAUAUGGGUCGUUUCUUGUCUUCUAGUAAUGGAAUUAAUCCUUGCAAUGGAACUGUCAUAGAUGGAAUAUAG